AUGCGUCGUGUGAAUCUGCCGCGAGGGUCCUUCUAUGAUAUCCAACGUGAUGUCGGAUGUGUCGAUCUUCUGACGCAUCUCGGAAUAGGCGACAAGAAGCCUUGUGCAUUCGUAAAUGCAGCUUUUCAUCCCUUAAAACCUUGGAUCGCUGCCAUUGAACAAAAAGGCAGUGGGAUCGUAUGGAAUUAUGAUACAGGCGAGAUCGUAGCAGAGUUUGAUUUGGGAGAAUCUCAAGCGCUAGACGACGACGAAGUACAUGCCUCUGAAAUUGGUGAAGACGUGAUGGACUCAGAGCCGACGGGAAGUUUCAAUCCUGCAUCUGCUGCGAAAGGUUUGCUAAGUCGAGCUGCAGCCUCGCCAUCGGCGAGAUCAGUACAAGGAGCUGCAACUGCUGCCAAAGAACUGCUGUCUCCUGCAGCCCAAAUGCCAGGACCCCGUACCUGUUUCGACGAGUGGUUGGUCAUUGUGUCGCGCUCGCAUAUUGUAAUUUGCGAUCUCAACCAAAAUGGCCUGGUGCAUCAUCUCGACCCUGAAGCUCUGCACCGUAGCCGACCAAGUAGUGUCGCGAUCUUACCGACAGGCUUACUUGCAAUUGGUUGUCAGGACGGAAAAAUUCAAAUUUGGAGUCCAUGGCAGUCAAAAGUUGUUGGAAUACUUGAUAGUGGGUCGCAGCGAGAUGUACAGCAGCUAGUUCUACUCACAACAGCGCCAAUAUUGAUGAAGAGAAAUGGAAGCGAAAGUUUGCCUGGAGCUGAAACACGCCUCAGCACCCAGUUGCACUAUCUUGCUUGUGCGACCUUGGAUGGAUAUAUUGUAACAUGGCGAGUUUCACUGAAUGCUUCGCGUGCAAGUUGUCAAUGCAUCAAGAUGUCUCAAAUGGAGCUUCGAGACGUAUUUCGGCAAUUUGACACAGUGAACGGAGUGCACGAGCUUAAUUUUCAUCCGCACCAUAACAUUAUGACUGCAGCUUGUCGCGACGGCACCCUAUUUUUUUUCGAUGUUGCACCUCUGCUAGACAGCAACAAAUCCCCAAGGCUCUUUGGACUUUUACCAAACAGCAAGCUUCAAAGCAUAGUGGUUCUACCUGGGACUCAGAAAAGCCGUUUUAUGACUCUUUCGGUCUCCGCUUCGAAUUCGACCUUGAUCGUAUCAGAAAUAAAGGCGAGAAGUCGCUACUGCGGGAAAGACAAUGUACCGACAAUUUUCACAGAAUUCGCAAGCUCCAAUGUUCAAGAAUCUAGAGAUCUUCGAAGCUUAAUUAAUCUGAUGCCGAACAAAAAGUUUAAGCCAGUGUCUCUUACACGUAGCGUUCGGAAUCCAGAUACGGUGUGCUGUCUAACAAGCUAUGGGUUAUUGGUUCUCAAGACAAGUUUUCUAGCUGCGUCUACACCACUUUUCAUUCCUCGAGGCUCGAAAGACAACCUAGCUGUCGGAUUUCCCUCCUUGAUGGCUUUUGAAGUGCGAGCACUUGGCGACAAUUUACAAGAUAAAGUUCAAGUCCACAAAGUUCGAAAUGAAGCCGAAGCCGAAGCUCUACCUACAAUCGAGCGCUCUCAAGUUCCUCAACUCCAUUAUAGCCCUUGGCAAAAUGGCUAUCUGGCGGCACUUUUACCACUAAGUGGUUAUCUUGAGAUCUUGCAGAUUGGUCUGAAACCUGUUCCGCCGAACACAGUCGACUUGGAUACUAUAUUUGUGGCGCACGCUUUCGGAUUCGCGUGGCAUCCAUCGCUACCGCUGUUCGCCGUAUUAUCUUCAAACAAGGAGCUAUCCACCAAGCUUGUUCGCUCAAAUACUGCGUCUUCGCUUAUGCCUAAUAAGCGCUCUAGAUUUUUUUUUGGAGCGAACAGGACAUCUGCCGCUAGUGCAACUGAUGAUUCUGAUGCCCGUCCGAAUCGAGCUACUGCUAAAGCUUUGAUUCUAAGUAUCUACAAAUUGAAGGGAGAUGAUGCAGAAAUUGAGCUUAUUGAGACGUGUUUUGUGAGUGGCGAUACCAAUGUGCUUCACAUUUUUUCGGGGCCUUACCUUGGUGUUGUCAAAUAUGUUGAUGACUUCAAUAUUUCAACUGAGACAGCUCCGCAAGUUGCUCCCGGUGCAAUAGUGACGAGAGUGCAGGGUAGCCCUGCUUCGCUUACUCGAGUCCAGCGCGCACAAUCAUUUAUGCUUGGUCUUAGCGCAAUGUCAUCUCCUAGAAUGGCGGACUUGAGACUCACAAUGGUGUCUUCUUCACAUUCGCCAUCAACUCCACCCACAACAGCAAACUUCGAAACCGCUGCUCCUGCCUGCAACUUGACGAAAACAUUUCUAGAGUUUUACAUAUGGAGUCCUACAGCGGAACUGGCUGAAGGCGAAACGGGACUACGUAAGCUUACUGAAAAGUUCAAAGUGGAUUGCCCCCUCAGUCUCGAGUGGGAUACUUUUACGCAGAGUCUUUGCGCACUUGUGUAUCCGACUUUUAUUAGAGUUUACCGUUUUGAUUCAACGACCAACGAUCAGAAUAGUCAGAAUGAUGAUACUGCUUCGACAUCAAUCGAAUUUCUGCAUGAAAUUCCGACCGUGUCUCCAGCACUUUCGUUACAUUGGAAACAUCACACGUUGUUCUUUAGUAUGGAAAAUGAAGUCAAAUGCAGCUUCGUUUCACAAAAGCGGUGUUUUACAUUAGACCUUGCUUCUCAAUGGGUGCUGAACGAAGCUUAUUGUGCCACCCAAUUGAGUGAUGACGAUCUGAAUCAAUUUCCAAGGCCGCAGAUAUUUCCUGCCGGGGCGACGACAAUUCUCGGUGUCAUUGAUCAAAAGCUUGUGUUAGGGGGCUCACUCCAAGGUGUUCAUAUACUCGACCUGUCAAAUCGAGCUCUUCAAUGUGCGAUCCUUGUGACAGCUGGACAAAUCGAGGAGGCCGCCAAACUGGCCCAGGCGCUUUGUCCAGAUGCCGCUGACUGGUUAGGGGCAGUUUCAGAAGCAUUUGGUCAUGCUUCGAAAGUCUUACGUCUUUUUCCGACACUUUCGAUAUCAAUAAAAGUCAACAUGUGCAUAAAACAUAAAGAGCACGAAAUCCUGACAGAGCUUCUCGAUAGUCUUAUUGAGCAAGAGUGUGACUCACCCGAUCUUACGGGCUCGUCGCUCUUGCAGCGCGCAUGUAUCGCUCUUAACCGUGGAGGAAUGCAAGCAUCUCUUUCGCAGAUUUGCUUAGCGCUUUUGUCACGAAAACGUCACAACGAUGCUAUCUUCGUUGCUUCUCUGCUUCAAAAUGAUGAGCAACUCGUCCACGCGUACGCUAAUGCUGAAGAGUGGGGAGCAGCGUUUCAUGCUGCGAAGGCCUGUAUUUCCGCACGUCGCGCACCCAUAGCGAUAAUGCCAACACCUGAGACGAUACUUGCUGAAUGGAAUGCUAGCAUUAAUAAUCCUACAGCAUCAUGGAAAGCAAUUCUUGAGAAACAAGGAAUCAGACCUCCGAUAUCCAUAAAGCUCCAAGAAUCUUAG